GGCGGAGCCCCGCUUUGAAACCAGUUGGCGGGAGUUGCGGCUCCGGAAGGGCUCUUGGUCGCUGAUAGAGACUUGCAUCCGGGCUGGCCUGCUAUGGAGACCACCGCCGGCGGCGAGAUGGAGGGUGGAGGAGGCACGCCGACAGGGGAGUUCGUGAAUAGGAUCCCGGUGCCACGACCUCCCUCCAUUGAAGAGUUCACCAUAGUGAAGCCCAUUAGCCGCGGCGCCUUCGGGAAGGUGUAUCUGGGGCAGAAAGGCAACAGGUUGUACGCGGUGAAGGUUGUCAAAAAAGCAGACAUGAUCAACAAAAAUAUGACUCAUCAAGUACAAGCUGAGAGGGAUGCCCUGGCCCUAAGCAAAAGUCCUUUCAUUGUGCAUUUGUACUAUUCACUGCAGUCAGCAAACAAUGUCUACUUGGUAAUGGAGUAUCUCAUAGGUGGAGAUGUCAAGUCUCUCCUACACAUAUAUGGUUAUUUUGAUGAAGAGAUGGCUGUGAAAUAUAUUUCUGAAGUGGCAUUGGCUCUAGACUAUCUUCAUAGACAUGGAAUCAUCCACAGGGAUUUGAAACCAGACAAUAUGCUUAUUUCUAAUGAAGGUCACAUUAAACUAACAGAUUUUGGCCUUUCCAGAGUUACUUUGAAUAGAGAUAUCAAUAUGAUGGAUAUUCUUACAACACCAUCUAUAGCCAAACCUAGGCAAGAUUAUUAUUCAAGAACCCCCGGACAAGUAUUAUCUCUCAUCAGCUCUUUGGGAUUUCACACACCAGUUGCAGAAAAUAGUCAAGACUCUGCAAAUAUUCUUUCAACCCAUGUGUCUGAAACAUCACAGCUUUCUCAAGGACUAACUUGUCCUAUGUCUAUAGAUCAAAAGGACGUUACUCCUUAUUCUAGCAAACUACUAAAAUCAUGUCUUGAAACCGUUGCCUCCCACCCCGGGAUGCCUGUGAAGUGUCUAACUUCCCAUCUCCUCCAGUCUAGGAAAAGGCUGGCGACAUCCAGCACCAGCAGUCAAUCCCACACCUUCAUGUCCAGUGUGGAAUCCGAGUGCCACAGCAGUCCCAGAUGGGAAAAGGAUUGCCAGGAAAGUGACAACGCAGUGGGCUCUACAAUGAUGAGUUGGAAUACAGUCGAAAAGCCUUUAGGUACAAAAUCUACAAAUGCCAUGGAGACCAAAAGUUUCAAUAAAAGGGAUCGUGAGUUAGCCGUUUCUCCCAUUCAUAACAGCAGUGCCGAUCCUGCCACUGGAAACUCGUGUGGAAACCUUGCUGAAAAAUGUUCUUCUGGGGAAGUUUCUUGGGAAGCAAGAGAACUGGAUGUAAAUAAUAUUCAUCUGGCUGCUGACACAAGCCAGUCUGGUUACCAUCAGUCACAUCAAUGUGCUGUGGAUUCCAGUGGGGUGACUGAAGAACACCUUGGGAAAAGAAGUUGUAAAAGAAGUUUUGAGUUAGUUGACUCCAGUCCUUGUCAGGAAAUUAUACAGAAUAAAAAAAAUUGUAUCGAGUAUAAGACUAGUAAUGAAAUGAGAGAUGGUUAUGUCAAUCAAAGGACAGGCUUAACAGCUGAAGUCCAGGACCUUCAGCUGUCGGUAUUCAGAGAUCAGCAAAAUGACGGUGCUAAUAAGGAGAACAUGGGCAAUUCUUUCACUGAUAAGCAACAAACCCCAGAAAAAUCACCUGUCCCAAUGAUAGCAAAAAACCUUAUGUGUGAACUGGAUGACGACUGUGACAAGAGUAGUAAGAAAGACUACUUAAGUUCUAGUUUCCUGUGUUCCGAUGAUGAUAGAACUCCUAAAAGUAUUUGCAUGGACUCUGAUUCAUCUUUUCCUGGAAUUUCCAUCAUGGAAAGUCCAUUAGGAAGGCAGUCCUUAGAUCCAGAUAAAAGCAUCAAAGAAUCCUCUUUGGAAGAAUCAAAUACUGAAGACCUACUUUCUGCAUCCCCCAGCUGCCAAGAAAGCACCUUGCCGAGAGGUGAUGAGAGUCCUGCCGUCCAGGACAGCAACCGAAAAAUGUUAGCUCCUUCUUUGGAGGCAUUGAAAACAUUAACCUCUAAAAGAAAUGCUGUGGCUUUUCGGAGUUUUAACAGUCAUAUUAAUGCAUCCAAUAGCUCAGAACCAUCCAAAAUGAGCAUUACUUCUUUAGAUAUGAUGGAUAUUUCAUGUGCCUGUAGUGGUUCAUAUCCCAUGGCUAUAACCCCUACUCAAAAAGAAAGAUCCUACAUGCCAUAUCAGACCCCAGAUCAGGUCAAGUCAGGAACUCCAUACCGAACUCCAAAGAGUGUGAGAAGAGGGGCGGCCCCCGUGGAUGGUGGGCGAAUUCUGGGAACUCCAGACUACCUCGCACCAGAGCUGCUGUUAGGCAGGGCCCACGGUCCUGCAGUAGACUGGUGGGCACUUGGAGUUUGCUUGUUUGAGUUUCUAACAGGAAUUCCCCCUUUCAACGAUGAAACACCCCAGCAAGUAUUCCAGAAUAUUCUGAAAAGAGAUAUCCCUUGGCCUGAAGGUGAAGAAAAGUUAUCUGAUAAUGCUCAAAGUGCUGUAGAAAUACUCUUAACCAUUGAUGAUACAAAGAGAGCUGGAAUGAAAGAGUUGAAACAUCAUCCUCUCUUCAGUGAUGUGGACUGGGAAAAUCUACAGCAUCAAACGAUGCCUUUCAUACCCCAGCCAGACAAUGAAACUGAUACAUCUUAUUUUGAAGCCAGGAAUAAUGCCCAGCACCUGACAGUAUCUGGAUUUAGCCUAUAACACAUAAAUUUUCCCUUUAAUCUAACCUUGCCUUAUAGAAUAAGCUAGCAUAAUUACAUACGCCUUAAUACUAGAUUGAUCUAAGGGGGGAAAAAUCAUUAUUUUACCCAGGUCAAUGAGCUUUUCAUGUAUGUUACAGCUUCCACAGCAUUAAAAGGCUAUCAAGAACAUAAUCAGUAAUUUAUCUUAAUCUCAGAGUUGUACAUAGAUCUUCAAAGCUUUUUUCAACGUACUUAUUUUGUUAGUGCACUUUAUGAAAAUUAAUGCUUUAGUAAAACUAGA